CCAGAAUCUCACAAUGGCUCCCACAACAUGUGAAGCCCUCGUGAUUCACGAGAUCAACGACAAAUCCACACAUGUAAAGCAACAAAUCCCGACACCAGAGCCAGCUGCUCUCCAAGUGCUCGUCAAGGUUUCGCACGUUGCGCAGAACCCAACAGACGUCCAAUGUUUUGAUAUCAAGGCCUUUGGCAACGGGACCGUCCUCGGCUGCGACUUUGUAGGCACUGUCGACAAGAUUGGCGCCAACGUAACUCGAGUCGCUGUCGGGGACACUAUUGCCGGCUUGAUCUGGGGAGGCGAAGUCAAAGGUAUCGGUGCAUACAGCGAAUACACGAUUGCCGACGAAAAGAUAUGCUUCCGUGUGCCAGAGGGAGCAACGCCUGAUCAGAUGGCCACGGUGCCGCUGGCAGCAUGCACCUCGCUGCUGGCGCUGUUUUCCAAGGGUUCGCUUGCUAUUGACCAAAAGUCUUGUGCGGGCCAAACGGUCUUAGUUUGGGGAGGAAGCUCGAGCGUUGGCCUGUACGCGGUUCAAAUUGCAAAACUGUACGGAAUGGAUGUAAUUGCCACAUGCAGCCCGAAACACUUCGACAUGGUAAAGAGCGUGGGUGCUAAGCAUGUUUUUGACUACCGCAGCGACUCUGUGGUGGACGACAUCAAGGCUGCUGCACCGGACCUCCGCUACGUCUUUGAUACCAUUGGCAGUGAAACCACCUCUCAGGUUGCUUCCGAGGCUAUCACCACUGCUGGAGGAACGCUUUGCACCGUUCGUCCCGGAAAGGUGUUUACAGACAAAUGCAGUAAGCAGACCAAGGUGACGGAUGUCUUGGUUUGGACGGCAUUCUUGAGUGAUCACCGGUACAAGGAGCACUUUUGGCCUGCAAAUGAGGACGAUCACUGUCUUUCCGCAGACUUCUUCAAAGCACUACCUAGCCUGAUUCGUGAUGGAAAGAUUAAAGCCAACAAUACCAAAGUGUAUACUGGUGGAUUAGCUGAUGUUGAUACAGGCUUCCAGGAGCAUCGGGACGGUAAAAUUUCAGGAUACAAAAUUGUGUACCAAUUGUAAAAAAAAGAAACUAUCGCUAUAUUCAAGAAUGUAAAAAAGAAUUACUACACUAAACAGAUGCCAUAUGUAUAGAUUUUUCGGCAAGAAACGGAAGAAUAGCAAGUCAUAUCUAUCGUUAAGUAAGGCUUCAUACCGUGGAGUUGGUCUCCUUGCCGGCUAAAACGUCCCUGUCUGUUGCAUCGGGAUGCCAUGUCUUAAAGGCGCGAGUGGGCAGCUUGAGUUCAAACAUGCGAUCAAUCUCGGCAGGUGUUCUGCCCUUCAUCUCAGGGAUCCAGAGCCAUGAGAGGGCCCAGGCUAACAGACAAAGCCCGGCAAAGACGAAGCCAAUCUUAGCACGCAUGUUGACUUGGUCGGGAUUGUAAAGGUACGGCAGGACGAAGCCGAAGAUGGCGCUUACAGCGCCUGAAAACAUCCAUCCCAGACCCUGGGUCUUGCCACGAAGGUGCAGAGCCGAAGUUUCGGACGAUACGGCGAAUGAGGCAGGCCAGACUGUCAGACUGGCAAUAGUGGUGACGGCAAUCAUGAAGACAGCGCAAAUACUAGUAACAGG